GAUUCCAAAGUCAUUGACUUCCUUCUCCCUGCUUGCACACUUCAAGGGGUUAUUUAUCCCCUCGAACCGAUGGCGUACGCUGGUGCCUUGGCGUUUUUACGAGAGCUUGUGCAUUGCGACUGGCGCUCACAGCCCAGCCCGUUGUGCGACAUUGCAUUGUCAUUCACAGUCCAUAGCCUGAAGGCCACACUCCUGAGUUGGGGCCCUCAGUUGCACGAGGUCGUAUCAAAAGAGGUGAGAUUGGCUCAAGGGCACCAUAAAGACUCCAACCAAUCCUUGGAUCUUUACGGCCGGGAUAGUGUUUGGGGAUCACUUCAAUUCCAACAAAUUGUAAUCAAUCAGGUCCGCGCCGGGUUUCGCCCUCAGAUUGCUCAACAUCGAGGUGCUCAGGCACCUUUGAUUGAACCCCCAGUGAGUUUAGAGGCCUUCAAAAAAGAGAUCCCUCAGUACACUUGGAAGUGGUUUGACUUCAAUUCCCCCUCGGGGGAACGCGUUGUGGAGGUGGACCUCCCGGAUUGCGUUGAGGAAGACUCCUCCUCGGAUAGCUCGAGCUCUUCCGAUGACUCGGUACAGGAAACAAAUCCAGCAGUUUCGAAGCGUUCCCAACCACCCGUGGUGGACGAAGUCUUGAUGGCCAAGUAUCGCACCGUGGUGCAUGCGUUGCUUGACGACUUGGAGUCGACGGAGACCGAUUCCGCAACACAGCUCCUUCGCACGGCCUGUGGCCGCAAGCUCCCCAAAUUCGCCACAGUGGUGAUAGAUUCGAUCGAUAGCACAUUGACAUUGUGCCAGCAUAGUGGUUGCCGAAAGGCCUGGGCAUCACUCGGAUGA